UAUGGCUUGGUGUUUCUCGCCACUCCCCGGCCGAAGACAGCGUGCACAAGAAGGGUUCACGAUGAGGAACGCCAUCAUCAGCGCUCUCCUUCUGACUGCUUCACUCCUACAGUGUGACGGGCAACGAGAAGCUGAUGCGGACACCGGUUACUACGGUGAUUCACUAGACACGACGGAGAGUGGUAUGGCAGCGGUCGCGGCUGGCAUCGUAAACUUCGUCAGAGGAUCUCUUGGCUCUGGUGCUGCCACUCGGCCACCAGCACCACCAGUCAGAAACUCACUGCCACAACAGGUUGGGCUCAUGGGCGUCACCGCGGUGAUCACAAGGCUCAGCAACGACGCGCGCCAGACAGCACUGGAGCAGACCAGGCGCGUCUACUGCCACCGCAUGGAAGCCUGUCAGCUGGGACGACAGAUGGCGCUGCGCAUGGGUCGGCGUCAAGCCGAAAAUAGUGUGGAUAAGAGCAUGGCACACUUGGACUCGGCCAUGAUGGGCAUCCGCGGCCACGACUGCCACAACAUGUACCGCGGCUGCCUGGACUUCCAGUGAACUGGCACUGCAAGUCAGCCUGAAACGGAACCACUUGACGCAGAGCA